AUGGCCAAGUCUGAGAAAGCCUCGAACCUGACCUUGACGAGGUUCUGCCUCGAUGCCGCGAGGGGACUUGAGUAUUUGUACGACGUUGGGGUCCUACACAGAGAUGUAGCCGCACGAAACUGUCUUAUAGAUGAACACGGAACGGUAUUUUCAUGGAACCUGCAGAGAAUUCACCAAAUUUUUCAGGCAAAAGUGGCGGAUUUCGGGCUUUCGGUUAAGGCCUACUACUAUGAGAUGACUACCGCGGAAAACUUGCCUACCCGCUAUUUGCCACCUGAAAGCCUGACGAGCUACUCUUUUAAGGCCGAAUCGGACGUCUACGCCUACGGGGUUUUCUUUUUUCUCAUAUCUGACAAAAUUGGAAACUUUACAGCAUCUCGUCUGCGAAGUGUUCAACAAAUGUCAAAUGCCGUAUGCCGGCAUGUCAGGACCGGAGGCACGAAAACAGGUUACUUUUUUCUUUUUACAAAAAUAGUACGUUUUUUGCAGAUACUCGCGGGGAAAGUGGUCAACGUUCACGAAAGAGCACCCGAAGCUCUUCGCUUUUUUUCGUGGAAAAACAGGAUCUUCGCCUAUCACGCAAUUUACAGGCCGACCAUGCCCCCAGGUAUAAACUUUUUUUCAGAGCGCAUUAUUCGACGCAAAAAUAGCCUCAAAUUUCAUCUUUGAUUUUUCGAAAAAGGUCAUGCGUUUUUAUAACUCACAGCUUGAUAACUAUCGCCGCUAUUUUUUCUCGAUACUUGAACAAAUCCAAAAAGUUUGAAAAAAGAAGCUUUAGAUAGUCGAGUUCAUGACAGAGGUCAUCAGCAUUUUGAAGGAGGUUUGGCUUUAAAAGUUUUCAUAAAAAAUGAUUUCUUUUACAGACGAAUCCGGUUGACAACGCAGCAUUUGAGAUUGGAGCUGAAAACAAGGAAGCGAUGCAGCCGAGCACUGGAACUGAAGUGAAUCUUUGUCUUGUCUAUUGA